AAAGAGCUUCCAUACAAGAGCUUGAACAGCAAGAUCUAGAAAAGUUAAUGGUUUUCUUGACAGAUAGCUUUACGACCACUUCAUUGUAUGCGUCGUCCCUGAGAGACGUAGAGUCUAGACCAAAUCCUAUAACUUUAAAAACUUGGAUAGAAUUGACAGAUAGAAUAAAAAAUAU